CCACUCAACUUGGCCCGGACGCUAUCGUUUUCAGCAGCUCUACGAAAGCAGACUAGGAUACAACAAUGGUCGAUAUUACCAUUAGGAAGAGGCCUGAUACCGAGGCUGUUAUAACCCAACGCAAAUUCUUCAAAAAGACAGCGAGAGGGAAGGUCAUUAAAGUUCUGAGGGAGAGGUACCUCAGGGACGAUGUAGGGUGUGGUAUACAGGGCUGCCACGCAUGUGCAGAGCUCGGAAACUUACCCCCUGCUGGGGAAACGGGGCAUUCUGCUUUUCCGAUGGGACAUUUCCUCCUGCCUGAUACGAAUGUCUUCUUGUCCCAGAUGGAUCUAAUGGAAUCAAAUCUCUUCUCCCCUCCAAUCAUCCUCCUCCAAACCGUUCUGGACGAGGUCCGACACCGCUCACUGCCGCUAUACAACCGUCUCAAGGCCCUCACGAAAGCCGACGACAAACGUAUAUGGGUAUUUUAUAAUGAAUAUCGCUCAGAAACUGCCAUUGUGCGCGAGGAGGGCGAGACGCCGAAUGAUCGCAAUGACCGAGGUAUCAGGAAAGCGACGACGUGGUACCAAUCGCAUAUCCCGCUUGCCCACGGUCGCUCAGCAUCCUCGUCCGCAAUGCCGAAGGUAGUCCUUCUGACAGAUGACGCGGCCAACAGGCGGAAAGCGGAAGCAGAGGGCUUGGCUGUCUCCUCAGUUCGUCGAUAUGUGGAGGGGACGAAAGACUCGAACCAGCUUCUCGAUCUGCUUGCAGUUGUCGGCGAGGACUCUAUUGAGCCCACUCGCGCAGUAGCUGCGCGCUCAGCAUUAUAUGCCGACUAUCUCCCGACCGCCGCCGUCCUGGCUGGGGUCAAGUCCAACCAGCUUCAUCAGGGCCACUUCAAUGCGAAUCCCUACAACUAUCUGGAGGGGAGUGUUUCCGUCCCUGCGUUCACUAAGCCAGUAUUGCUGGUAGGCAGAGAGAAUAUGAAUCGCGCCGUGCAUGGAGACAUCGUCGCAAUCGAAGUUUUCGACGAGUCGGAAUGGAAGGCGCCUGCUGAUGAGGUGGUGGAUCAAGAGACGACCCUCAAAAACGACGACGCGGAAGACUCCGACGAGGAAGGCGAGGGCGAGGAAGUGCUGGAACAGGAGAAGAAAGUUAUACAGUCGGAGGAAAAUAAGCGCCCUCCAUCAGAGAAACAACCCACAGGGCGUGUAGUCGGAAUCAUUAAACGCAAUUGGCGAGCAUAUGUAUGUCAUAUCGACAUGAGCUCUCUGUCGAACACCCAUUCGACUUCUCUCUCUCAGCAAACCGUCUUCGCCACGCCUGUCUCCCGCUUGCUCCCACGUAUCCGGCUACGGACCCGCCAAGCGCCACAGCUCGUCGGCCAAAAGAUUCUUGUCACUAUCGACAGGUGGGACAACACUUCGCGGUACCCCGAAGGCCACUUUGUCAGGGCACUCGGGAAGGCUGAGAGCAAGGAAGCAGAGCAGGAGAGCUUGCUCCUUGAAUUUGACGUACCGUACAGACCGUUCGGGAAGGCUAUCCUCGACUGUCUGCCUGUUGAGGGAGACAAGUGGGUCGUCCCGCCGAAAAGCGCUUCAUCUUCUGAAUGGCGCGAUCGUGAAGAUCUGAGGCAGCUCACGAUAUGUAGUAUUGACCCGCCUGGUUGUCAGGAUAUUGAUGACGCGUUGCAUGCCAAACGACUCCCCAACGGUAACAUCGAAGCCGGCGUUCACAUCGCAGACGUCUCGCACUUUGUGUUACCCGAUAACCCGAUGGACACCGAAGCUGCUGCACGAGGCACCACAGUCUACCUUGUGGAUAAGCGCAUAGAUAUGUUGCCCUCUCUACUUGGCACCAAUUUGUGCUCCUUGAGGCCUUAUGUUGAGCGCCUUGCAUUCUCAGUCAUUUGGGAAUUGACGCCCGACGCCGAAAUCGUCAAUGUUCGCUUCACGAAAUCGGUCAUCGCAUCGAAGGCUGCGUUCACCUACGAGGAGGCCCAGCUGCGCAAAGAUGAUCCGCACAUGCAAGAUGAAAUUACGGAGAGUCUCCGUUUACUCAAUAGCCUUGCAAUAAAGCUCAAAGCAGGCAGAAUGGCUGCUGGGGCUCUCAACCUUGCUUCCCCGGAAGUCAAGAUACAUCUAGACAGCGCGGAGUCCUCGGAUCCUGUUGAUGUCGAGCAAAAGGAACUUCGAGAGACGAAUAGUCUUGUAGAAGAAUUCAUGUUGCUCGCUAAUAUAAGCGUCGCUAAGAAGAUCCAAGAGACGUUCCCUCAAACUGCAGUCCUCAGACGGCAUUUACCGCCUCCGCGGACGAACUUCGAGAAACUGCAGGACAUUCUCAAGAAACGCAAAGGCAUGACCCUGGAUGUUAGCAGCUCUGGUGCUUUGGCCGCUUCGCUGGACAAAUGCAUUGAUACAAACGAGCCUGCUUUUAAUACGCUAGUUCGCAUCAUGGCGACGAGGUGUAUGUUGUCUGCAGAAUAUUUCUGCUCAGGUAGUGUUGCACGGGAUACGUUUGGCCACUAUGGUCUUGCUAGCCCUAUAUACACCCACUUCACGAGUCCCAUACGGCGGUACGCUGAUGUCCUUGCACACCGACAACUUGCCGCUUCUAUCGCCUACGCACCUCUGCACCCCAGUCUCCAUUCCAAAAGCCACGUCGAGCGAGUGCUUGACGUGGUCAACCGACGUCACCGGAUGGCUCAAAUGGCGAGUCGUGCCAGCGUCGAGUUCUACGUGGGUCUGGCACUCAAGGCCCGGGGCGAAAGAGAACAAGGUCUGGUCCAAGAAGAAGCCUUCGUCAUUCGGACGUUCAGGAAUGGCCUGGGAGUAUUCAUUUCCAAGCUUGGCAUUGAAGGCCUCGUGAUGUUCAAACGGGAAGUCAAAUUCGACCCGGACAACUAUACUGUGACACUGCCGUUCGAACUGACGGGAAACAACGAUGUUACCAUUGCCGUCUUUGACAAGGUGACGGUGAAUGUCGAGAUCGAGAAGGACAAGAACACACAGCGAGGGAGGGUCAAAUUGACCUUAGCGAAACCUAUCGAUUCAAGGAAUAUGUAGAGGUUUGUUGUUGCGAUAACGUCAAAGUACACACAAUCCAGAUUUAUGCUCGCCCUGAGGGUAUGCAAAGCGAGCCGCAGUUGCAGAAACAGCAUCGACUGGGUAAUGCAUGUGGAAUAAUUCAG